CGAGACCUGGCACAUAGCAUCUUGUAACACACAGAGAGAGACAAAUCACCUGCCGUAGUAAUGGCAGUAAUGUAUCACUUCAUCUUUUGGUUCUCCACAAGAUUUGGUUCUGCAGUGGUGGCAAUAUUUACACUUGGGCAGUCAGGGGCUUGCCUCAUAGCUAGCAUCACAGGCCUGAGGAAUCAGAAUGCAAUACAAAGACAAUUGGACUUCUGGCUUAGAACUUACGACAUGCUGUUCAUGAAAGAUACUUUAUAUAAUAUGAAGAGAGGAACAGAGGGCUGGUUAGUUGGGAUCAUCACAUGCUUCUCAUUACAUUGCGUCUUCUGUUUUCUCAUGUUAUAUGGCACUUUCAGAGUGUCCCUGUGGUGUGUGUACCCAUUUCUUGUGCUGGAAAUUGCUCGGCUAGUCUUCUUGACCACCAGCUUUGUUAUUGCCAUGUUACUGGUAAAGGAGAACAUUGCAGACCUUGGUUUACUAGGAGGCUUUGUCUUAUUAUAUCUCUUCUACCAGUGGUUCUGUGUCCUGAGCUUCAUACAGAUUGUGAAGGAACUUGAGCUGGUGCAUAAGAUGGGUCACUAUGAAGAAGGCAAACUGAAUUUUCACAAAUACCAGCGCAUGAAUGUGCUGGAGCUUGGGGCAGAACGUUAUCCAAUGAGUGAAGAUUUUGUACCAGUUGCAGACUUCAGUCGCCACUAUAAUAAGAAAUCAAUUAAUGAGAAUAUUCGUUCAAGAUUUAGCAUAGAUAGUGAUUAUAAUAAUGUAAUGGCCAGACCUGUAUAUUAGAGUAAGUCCUUGCACAUUUCAGUAUGGAGUCAGGAA